AGAAAUGGCCGCCAAAUACUGGUUUUCCGUGAAAUGCUAUUUCUUAUUUAUAACUUUGUGAAUGUGUUUAUAUGUGUCAAAAAAACGUGUAUGCUUAAUAUUUUUGGGAUGUACGAAUAAGAAUUAUUUAUAUUGCAUAUGUAUACAUAUAUACAUUAUUUUAUUUUAUAAAAUAUUUCAUUGAUAAGCUAAUACUUUGAAAUUAUAUUUGUAAUUUACAUAUAAAAAUUUACUUUUUUUGUCAAUUUUAAUGUUAAUUAAAUUUAUAUUAAAAUUCAAAAUUAUAUAAUUAUUAAAUUAAAUUAAAUACAAUGGACAAAUAUCAACAUAUAAGAACAUUUAUAUCGGCGGUUUUGGAAUAUACUAAACAUCCUAGUGAAACAACUGCUUCAAUUUUACAACGAAAUCUUGGUGUAAUAAGUACAUCAUUAGAUUUGAGUAUCUUUGAUCCUGGAACCAGCAUAGCAGCAGAAUUUUAUGUUAGUUUGCAUGAGCUUAUGAAUUCUUUAGCAUCUAGAACUACUUUAAUUUGGAGUACUGUUGAUGUUUUACAAAACGCUUGUCACAAUGCUGCAGCAAGACAAGCUCUUAUUCAUACAUAUAAAUUUGCACCUAUAUUGGCGAGAUUGUUAGAGGCAAAUUUAACAAGUGAAAAGAGAAUACGAGUAUUAAAAUUACUUCAAGAAUUAACAUAUGGCAUAAAAAUUUCAUGGCAAGAAGCUCAUUUACCUUAUUUGAUAUCAAUAUUAACACAAUGGGUGAUACAAUCUAAAGAAGAAAAUAUUAUUGCACUUUCAUUAGGAGUAUUAGUGAAUCUUUGUUAUAAAAAUCUUCCAGCUGUAUAUGUACUAAUGAGAACAAUUGAUACAAAAGCAUUUAUACGUACUUUGUUAAAAUUGCAACAUUGCAAUGUUAAUACCAGUGUACAAUGUUGUAAACUAUUAAUUAUAUUAGAACAUACAAAUACAAAUAUUUCAGAAAAAUAUAUUUUGGAUUUUGCUGCUGUCACAUUCAGCAGUCUUAUUACUGCAAUGAAACAAAAAGAUGUUUUAUUGCUAAAACACAUUAUAGAUUUUUUUGAUGAUGUUGGACAAAAUGAGCACUCUCAUGCUGUGUUACUUACAUAUUCACAUUAUGACAGAGAUGUAGAAAAUGUAUUGGCUACAUUAGAAGAUAAUGCAGAUCCAGAAUGUGUUGCUCUCAUGAUGGAAUUUUUAUCAUCUCUAGUAAAAUUAAAAUUAUCUGCUUUAGUGACUUUGUAUCCUUUAUGUGUAAAAACUGCUAUGACUUGGGUUCCUGUAGAACAGGUAUGUUCCAAAGCAUUAGCUUUGAUAAGAGUUACUGUAAUUGAUGCACGACGCACUAAAUCAUCCUCUGAAGUCUUAGCAGAAUUAGAUGCUUCUGUUUUAAUGCUUAUAAUAAAUUCAGAAAAUGAUGAAGUUCAGGAAAAAUGUGAAUUAACUUUAGAAAGAGAAAUAAAAUUAGCAGAAUUAAUGCAACUAUUUCAAGAAAUGGUUAAAACUUCUACACUAAGGACAAAAGUAAUGCAGUCCUUGAAUGAACAAAUGAUACGUAAAUUAUUAAGUGCAAUGUUAGAUUCUGAAACAUAUGCAACUAAUGAUUGGCCAGGGAAUUUUAUUCAAAAUCCUACUACAAGUUUAUGUAUUCAUGCAUUAGCAUUAACUGCUGAUUUAGCAGCUCAUAAUUCAAAUUGGUUAACAUUAUAUUCUGAGUUGCUUAGAAAAAAACAAAUUCAAAUGAUUAUGGCUCAUGCAUUAUUUAUUGGUGAUGCAGAUGUUAAACAAAAAGUCCUACAAUUGACAUCUACUGUAGGAUUUCCCCAGGAAUGUGUUUCCGCGGUGGCGCUUUGUAUGAAGCAACUGGAGCCUUUGAUAUUGGUACAAAGUACUCCUGGAAUGGUAACAAAUAUUGGAAGUAAAAUGACUAUAAAUGCAAAUAAUGAAAUGGCUCCACUGUUUUCUUUCGCACAAGAAGAACGGCUUGAUGCAUUUUUAGCAAAAUUGAAAAGAACUUAUGAAUCAAAUCAAAUCAAUGAUAUUACUACAUCAGCAGUAAUGGAAUUAUAUGAAUAUAAGUUAGCAGCUAUGAGACAUGCAGAACGGGCUAUGCAAUCUAGUUUAGAAGCAGCAAGUAAUCAUGGAACCAGUUUACAGCAUAGAUUGGCGCAAGUAGUAGCUGAAUCAAGCCGUUUACAUCAAAUGUUAUUUGACACGCAACAAUGUUUAGAAGGAGUAAAAUCUACCUUAACUGUAAAACUUGCUGAAGCAGAAGAGCAAAGUAAAAAAGCAGUUGCUAUAAAAAAACAGGAAAUCGAAGGUUUAAAAAAGAUAGUAACAGAAAAAUCUACUAAUAUUGAUCAUUUAAAUGUAGUGCUUGUGCAACAUAAACAUGAAUUAGAAAGUAGUAUUAAUAGAAUUGAAAUAUUAACUAAGAAAAUAAAGGAAUUGGAAGUUGAAUGUUCAAAUACAGAUGCAAAAAUUACAGAAAUGACUAAUAAAAAUCAUGAAUUAAGUAAAUUACUUCUUAAAAUGCAGGACCAAUUAAAUAAAAAAGAUCAGGUAAUAGAACUAAAAACUGCGGAAAUUCAAUCAAAUCAAAAAGAUAUAUCUGCACUCAAACAAGAAACUCAACAAUUAUCACAAUUAGUAAAUACAUAUGAAAAAAAUAUUGCUGAAAAAGAGGAAACAAUUAAAAAAAUGAAAGCAGAGUUGAUGGAUUUAAGUCGCAUGCGAGAUAUGAUUUUUGAACUUACUGCUAAGAAAAAGGAAGAUUUAAGCACAAGCUAAUAUUAUAUUUUUAUAUCAUAAAAUUCAUUUUCAAAUUAUCAAACAAUUUGAUAAUAAUUUUAAAAAAAUUUUGUUACUUAAAAUUUUGUUAUAUCUUUUUCUUACAUUUUUAAUAUAAGUAAUUGAAAAAUAAAUAACAUACAUGCACAUAUAUAU